UUUCAUUGAGUAGAGACUCGAGACUAGAGAGAGAGAGAGUAGUAGGGCUUUUUAUUUAGUCUCUUCUCUUUCUCUCCAGUCUCUCUCUCUCUCACUCGCAGCAGCACACCCACAACCCAACUCGAUUCAAUCUCUCUCUUCUAUCUCUAAGUUUGAGUUUUGUUUAAGUGUUUGGAUGAUGGGGGACAGAAUCCCGCCGGGGAGUUACUUUCAAUUCCCGCCUCCUCCUGCUCCGGGAGUCAUUGCUUCUCCCCACAGGUCUUCUUCUCUUCCUGUGGAUCGAGAAAGAUAUCUGACUGAAUUGCUGGCGGAGAGGCAAAAGUUGGGGCCAUUCAUGCAAGUUUUACCCCACUGUACCAAACUACUUUAUCAAGAAAUCAGAAGAACAUCGAGCUUCAAUCAAACUUUUGUAGACCAUGAAAGACUUGAGCAUGACAGUCCAUAUCGAUCAUUAGGUCAAGUUCCAAACGGCAGACCAAUGGAUUUGGAGGGAUGGCCUGCAAUGCAAAUAGAGGAGAAUGGACAUAUCAGCAGAAUGGCGCCAUUCCAGUCUCCUUCUCCAAUGGGAUGGCCCGCAGUGCAAGGAAUCCCAACCACUCCUAAUGUAAAGAAGGUUAUUAGGCUUGAUAUUCCAGUGGACAAAUAUCCAAGUUACAACUUUGUUGGCCGAAUUUUGGGACCGCGUGGAAACUCCCUGAAAAGAGUUGAGGCUAUGACGGAAUGCAGGGUGUACAUAAGAGGCCGGGGCUCUGUGAAGGAUGCUGUAAAGGAAGAGAAACUAAAAGAUAAACCCGGAUAUGAACACCUUAAUGAGCCAUUGCAUGUAUUGGUAGAGGCUGAAUUUCCUGAAGAUGUGGUAAAUGCGCGCUUGGAUCAUGCGGUGGCAAUACUAGAGAACCUCUUGAAGCCUGUGGAUGAGUCCUUCGAUCACUACAAAAAGCAGCAAUUAAGAGAAUUGGCCAUGCUGAAUGGUACACUGAGGGAAGAAAGUCCGAGCAUGAGCCCCAGCAUGAGCCCCAGCAUGUCUCCCUUCAACGCUACAGGAAUGAAACGAGCCAAGACGGGGAGAUGACCCCCACAUCACUGAUGAACCAGAAUUUGUUUAACCGGUGACUUAGCAGCGUAUAAUUAAUUUUUGGACCUUAUAGCAUCUUUCUUAUAAGUAUCAUCCACCGAACCCCCGGAAGUUUGUAUUCAAGCUGCCAACAGAUCAACUCCUAAGUAAAUUCUUGGGCUCUGAUUGUUUGGCAUGUCUUGCAAGCUUACUCCUGCCACAUAGAUUUUGGUUUGGCGUCCACAGUUCUAUUCUUUAAAUGUACCAUUCAUUUAAGAGUCGAACACAUGAUGAUUAAUAUUAUAUUCAUUAGUUAUUUGUAACUUGUAGCCAGUCAGUUGACUUAGACUAAUCUAUGUUUCUGGCAGCUGCUGAGUUGUACACAGAGUUUUGGCUUACUUUGGCAAAUUCUUUGCUUACCUAGUUUGUUAUUUGUUACUGGAACUCUACAUGCAUAUGCUUGUAUAUGCGUGGUCUCAAACUGCAAGAUAAAUAAGUUUUGUUUUGUAUUA